CCCUGCUGGUUGCUGGGAUCCCGCCUGGCUGGGAGCCUUGUGCUGUACCCGCCCCUAACCCACUGACAACAACAACCCCGUGGUCGGUCCGUGGGCGCUGCCGGUCCUCGUCCCAGUCCACACCACAGUAGUCCCAGGACAACAAUGGAAUCAGAAGUACAUGUGGACGAGCUUCAAAGUCUUCCACCUCUAUCCUGGCUGGUAAAUCUAUCCUGGCUGGUACGCCCUUGUGAGCAUUAUAAAGAAGAAUAUAAUGACUGUACAAGCAUAAAGGCAAAAUUUCAUCAGUAUUUCAUUCAUGGUGAAACACAGGAUUGCUCACAGUGGAAAGCAGACUACAAUCAGUGCAUACAGUACAGGAAGCAUAAAGAUUUGGAGUCAUUAACUUCAUUGAUUGAAAGUGAGAAGGGGCGUCGUCAAGAGCGGCUACGUGGUCACUAUGCCAACAAUGUUUGGGAAAAGAGAAAUUCUCCACCAGAUGACUGGAGCAUGCCUUUGCCAGAAUAUCUUCAAAAAGCUGAGGAGACAUCGUUUCUGGCUUUGAAAGCUAAAGACAUGAAGGAAGGUAAAGUUGAUAAGACAUCGUACUUGUGCACAAUAUCUUGAAAUUUACGGUUAGCUUUCUGUAUUUUCAUUUUGUAAAUAAAAAUCUAAUUUCUC